CGCUGGUUUAAAGCGCACGCUUGCAACAACACACCGCCCCAACAAUAGGGAAGCGGUGCCGCCGCGGAGACUUGGUCUCCUUGCGGGGCGGAGGCCAUGGUGGAGCCCCGCGCUCCCAGGUUCAGCGAUGCCGCCCUGAAGGUCUUGGUGGAGCAGGUGAGAGCCCACAAGGAGGUCCUCUUCCCUUCGGAUGGCAGGAAGAUGCCCAGGCAGACCCUGCGCCAGGCCUGGAGGGAGGUGGCACUCUAUGUCAAUCUCAAGAGCAUCACUCCCAGGACCUGGUUGCAGUGCCGCAAGAAGUUCAAUGACCUCACCCGCACCGCCAGGGACAAGCUGGCGCAGAAACCAAGGAACCCGCUGGGCGGUGGAGAGCGCCCGCUCUCCAUCCAAGCCCCCACCCAGAUGGAGCAGGAGGCCCUGGAUAUUGUGGAGAUCUACAGCCGGAGGAGCAUCGAGAAUGGCGAGGCUGGAGGCCAAGUUUCGCAGGGUCUGUCCCAUUACCUGGGCUUGGCUGGGCACGAGAUGGAGGAGCGCCCCCUGAUGGGCGAGGCGCCAUCACCAGCUCCGUCCUUUCAGUACCACAACACGGAGAUCAGUGUGGCUGAUGGGAGAGAGGGCGAACUCCAAGAGUCCUCACGCGGUGAAUUGUUCGGCGGCAGCGAGCAGGAGCUGAACAUACUGGAAAGGACAGUGCAGGAGACAGAUGGCCACAGGGCCAGCUCCGACUCCAGCUAUGCCGAGGAGCACCGAGACGCGGAAUUGAGUGGCCCGGCUUUCAAGCGUAAGAUCUUCCAUGUCCACCACCAACUGCUGGAAGCCUUGGACAGUUUGUCUCGGAGCUGCCUCACCCUAUCGGAGAGUGUUGAAGACUCUGCUUCCAUACUGUGUGGCGUUCUGCCUCAGGGUAUCACCACCCUGCAGUCUGCCAUGGAGCACAUGGUUAGCUCAGUGGAAACGGCGGUGAAGCCCCCCGUUCUGGAGCCCGUGGCACCGGCCUUGGCCUCGUUGAUCGAGGCUCAGACCAGUGCCAUCCAGGCCCUGGCCUGCACCAUCUCCUCAGGCUUGGAAAGGUUGGGGGCGCGCAUCGACCGCGGCUUUGGCCGCGUCACCGGCCUCCUGGAGUCUGCCCUGCCUCCGGCCAGCGGGGGCGCCGACGAGGCCCGGGCACAGGGUGGUGCGACAGGAGUGGCACGGUCCCGCCCCCCUCGGGACUCCAGCGCGUCCACACCUUCACCGCAUCCCCAACCGCCCACUGCCCCGGAGGCAGCGAUGGUAUCUCCACCCGAAGCCAGAGCCCCUUGUGCCCGGGCUCUUCGAGAUCGCCGACCGUAAGCACCUCGCCAGCCCCGACCGAGUACCAGUGCCACUUAUUUAAGAGGGAGAUGUUUGUUGGGGGGAGUAGACAGGCGAAGUGGGGGGUGUUGCUGAAAUCACCUUUUUUGUGGAAACACUAAAAGGAGCAAAGAAAGCACUUCCGAACCAGAAUGCAAACUCCACCUGGGUGACAGUGUUGGUUCACAGAAUUUAUAUGAAUCAAUAAAGUGUUACCCGGUUUGGAGCCCUGCCUUUGUCUGCUGGGUGCCUGUAUUGGUGAUGAAGGACAUGAGAAUGUCUGGCAUCAGGCGCAGUAGGGUGCUGCUUCAGUCUGGUCUGUCAGUUAAAAGCUCACUGGAAAGGGGCCCAGUGGGACCCAAGUUCGCCCAAUGGCAACAAACAAGCUUAUGGUCAACUCGGGAAUGGGAAGGACUGCUUUCCAACGAGCUUCUGCUGGACUCAUGCUGGGUCCUUCGCUGUUUGUAUCUCAGUAUCAGUGAUGUGGGUUUCAUGUCGGGUGUGUAAGCUUAGGAGAAUGUGGCAUAUUGGUAAUGUGUCCACGUGGAUAGAGCAGUAAAGAAGGCUUUUGGCACACUGGCCUUCAUCUGUCAGGGCACUGAAUAUAGAAGUUGGGAUGUUAUGUCGCAGUUGUACAGGAUGUUGGUGAGGUCGCAUUUGGAGGAUUGUGAUCAGUUCUGGUCACCUUGCUGUAGGAAGGACACCAUUAAACUGGAAAGGGUGCAUAAGAAAUUUACAAAGUUGUUGCCAGGACUCAGUGGACAAGCUAGCACUUUUUUCUUUUAAAAUGUAAGAGGCUGAUGGGAGAUCUUAUAAAUUUCCACAAGAUCAUGUGAAGCAUGAAUAGGUUAAGUGUGUUCAGUCGCUUUCCCAAAGUUGGGGAGUCAAGGACUGGAAGGCAUCAGGUUAAGUUUGGAGAGGAAAGAAUAAAUGAGAACCUGAGGGGCAAUGUUUUGACAAGAGAGGGUAAUAAACAUUUUGAAUGAGCUGCCAGUGGAAGUGUUUGAGGCGGGCACAUUUAAAAGACAUUUGGACAAAUACAUAGACAUGGAAGGAUAUGGGUCAAGUGCAGGGAAAAGGGUUUAGCAUUGACAUUUUGAUUGGUAAGGACCAGUUUGGGCCAAAGGGCCUGUCGCUGUAGCGUUGGACUGAUACAGUUACAUGUUAAAAGGCAUCUGGAUGGUUUCAUGAAUAGGAAGGGUUUAUAGGCAUACGGAGAGGAGUAGAACUUCUUCAAGGUCGCCAUCCUUGGCAGAGAAUUCGCAAUAAGGUUAAAAUAGAAUAGAUGAAAGUGAGGGCUGCAGAUGCUGGAGAAUAGUCGAGUGUGAGAUGCUGGAAAAGCACAACAGGCCAGGCAGCAUCCGGAGGAGCAGGAAAAUGAUUGGGAAUCAUCAAUGAAGGGCUUUUGUCCGAAGCAUCGAUUUUCUUGCUCCUUGGAUGCUGUCUGACCUGCUAUGCUUUUCCAGCACCACAGUCCUGUCUCUAAUCUCCAGCAUCGCAGUCCUAACUUUCACUAGAGGCAUAUGGGUCAAGUCCUGGCAAAUGGGACUAGAUUCGGUUAGGAAAUCUAGUCAGCAUGGACGAGUUGCACCAAACGCUCUGUUUCCAUGCUGUACAUCUUUGAUUUCUUGAUUGUUCAUAGAAUUAAUCACAGAAUUGUUACAGUGAAGAAAGAGACCAUUCACCCUGACAUGCAUCCAAUGAUUUCUAUUACCUAGUUACCAUCUUCUGUUCUUCCCAUUUCCCUUCCUAUCCAAAACAUCACCCCAUAACACUAAUGCUGUCGAGACACAGCUUCAAACCCCAACACGGUGGAAGUUAAAAUCAAUUAAUAAGUCUGAAACACAAAACCAGUUCUGGAACUAUCGUCAGUAGUUCUAAAAGCCAAACUGUGAAUGUGCCCUCUUGAGGUUUGCCAUUCUUAUCUGGGGUGUCUGGCCCAUGACUCCAGAGCCAAAGCAAUGUGGUUACCCUCUCAAGUGGUUUAGCCAACCACAGUUUGCGAUCUGCAACAAACACUUGCCAGCGAAAGAUCCCACCCAAGAUCAAAGAGAGAAAACUUAACAAAAAUGUUGAUGGAUGAUAAAACAAUUGGCCACAUAGCUGCUAAUAAAGCAGAAAACUGCACACUGCAGCAAGUGGAUUUGUCCGAUUUGGCAGAAAGUUCAUCAGGAGUGUGAGCUAAUGCACAGACACUGCAAUUAUUUUGGAGCAGAAAGGGCAGCAGAUUUGAGAACACCACCACCUACUAUGUCCAAUGCAAGUCAUACACCAUCCAGACUUGAAAAACUACGCCAUUGUUCCUUCAGUGUCUCUGGGUCAAAGUCCUGGACAGUACCCUCCCCAAUAGGUCUGUGGGUGCACAUACAGCAGAUGUACUGCAGCAGUUGAAGAAGCUAGCCCAGCAAUAAUUACUCAAGGGUAGUUAAUGACAGGCAAUAUGCUUAUGCCACCUAAAUCUUAUGAAUGAAUAAGAAUGAAAAUUUGGUGCAGUAACAUCAGGGGAACUUUUUUUUAUUUCAAGAGGAAUAACAUGAAAUUGUGACAGCAGAUAGAACGGGAGGAUGGAAGGGAGGUGUGGUAUCAAGCUUGCUUCAUACUUCCAUGAACAUUCAUGCAAGCAAGUGUCCUCGUUUGUUAUGACCUGCCUAUGCUGCUCACAAAUCAAAAUUUUUCACUGUAUCUUAGUACAUGUGACAACAAUAAGUCAAAUCAAAUCAUAAAAUGUAUCCAGAAUAGCCAAUCCUUGAGGUCACUUGAUAUUCAACACUGUGUAGUCUUGUUUCUAAGGGCAAUAUCCAUUUAUAUUUGUGUAUUUUUGUUCAUGGACUAAAUUUGAAAGAAAAGGAUUGAAUGAGGAAUUGUGGCACUUUCUCAAAAUCAAGUUUCUGAAUUGUAUUGUAAGUUGUGCUUACACUGCCGAUCUGUUCAAGCAGGAGGGGAGGCAAUUUAGAGACGGGCCAGUCCAGGGACUAUGUGCAAAGUGAGCUUUGGCUGGCAACUGGUUUUGUCAAGUUGUGGAUUCCUAAGGCUAUGAGCAUGACAACAACUAACUGGCUCUAGGUAGGUUGAAGAGCUUGUGGGUGUGAACAAUACUGGCAGAGGCCUUCAGACUGCUGCAGGGACAAAGUAGUGUGUCUUUCUAACAAGUAAAAUAGCUAAAGACCGAAGAAAGGUAGUUUAUGUUCCAUCACUAGUUGCUGUAAGCUGUGACCUAUCACUAGUAGAUCGGAGACUUUGCAGCUAAUGUACCAAUUGCCUCUGCCUCCUGUGAAGAAGUGGAAAGAACCUGGAAGAAAGAGAUUAAAGAACAGAAAAUACUGGCAAGCAAAAGGAUCACCUCCGUGAACACUAUGGGGUUUUUCCUGACAAUAUGGGCUAAUGAACCACUUACCCAAUUUUCGUUUCUUUAUCCACUCCAUGCAUAACACUAUUUUCUUCCGUGUGUCUGUGUGUGUAUGCAGAGGGCUCUUCGGAAGGGAGAGUUAUUUGUUGACAAUUUAUAGUUGUUCACCUGUGGUUACAAUCUAUUUAUUUGUAAUAAUAAGAAUACUUGUUACAUAUAGAAA